CCCUUGAGUUUACUAAGCUGCUGCAUUGAUGCUACACUAACAGUGCAUGUCCUUCCUCAAAUGCAGUUUACUUGAUUUAAAUAAAACUGAAGUGAAAAACAUGAAUCCACCUAAACUUUAAAUACGCAAACUGUACAGUCAAAGGCGAACCACAACGAUGAAACGCUGCUCUGAAUAAACAAGAAAAUAUGAAAUAUACAGUAGCUACUCAGAAUAUGGGUAUGUAUAAGCCAGUAACUGUGUGUUCGUCUCUGUGUUUCUGCUUGAGAGUCAUUCUGUAUUUUAGUACGUCUGCUGGUGUCACUGCUCUCAUUAGUAAACGCUGCAUGACUUUUGAAGAGCAUCUCCUCCGUGACGUUCAUACAGUCUGCUCUCCUCAGCCUGGGCUUGGUCCCUAUGGCGAAUGCAACGUCUUGGACUUCCGAAAGGAUCUCUUGGAGCUUGAAACAGGAAUCCGAUUUCUUUGCAUUUACGGUGAUGCUACAGUCAUUCCAGCUAAUGCUUUCUCGCACCUUGCAACCUUAGAAUUUCUGGAAAUCCGUGGAUAUAAUCUCAGAAGGGUUCAGUCUGGUGCCUUUUCUGGCCUUUUCAACCUUAAAUAUCUGUAUGUUGCUUUCAGUUCCUCUGAUUGCAGCAAUAUUGUAUUGGACACUCCUGUUUUUGCUGGAUUGGAUCAUCUAGAGGAAAUAUCCUUAAUGGGAUUUCAGUUUUCUGGCAUUCCCAAUAGCACAUUUGAGCAUCUGGUCAGUUUAGUUAAGUUAUCUCUGGACACUGUAUGUGUGAAAAAACUUAGUGAGGUUUUAUGCAAUGUCCCAAAUGAAAUGACCCACUUAAAAUACCUAGAAGUGAUUGACAGCGGCAUCACUUCCAUCAGAAAAAGAGGCUGUCCAUCAUGGCCUACAGCUGUGCUGGCAGGAAUACAAGUUUUAGAUCUUAGUAAAAACUCUAUUAAAAAAAUAGAGGCCCACUCUUUGGUAGCGUUUCAAAACCUUUCAAGGCUUUCUCUAAAUUUUUAUGGUGUAUGGCUAGGAGAAAUUUGGGAGUCUGGAAUUGGAAAAGUGAGCAACAUUGCGUUGUCUGGAGCUUCUUUAAAAGAAUAUUCUACCAACUGCAAAGAAGUGUGCCAACUAGUUUCUAACAUCAAUCUCCACUCUCUUGAGCUAUCCUAUAUACGCCUAGAUUCACUGUCAAUGGAAGAUUUAAAAGAUUGUGGAAAAGAACUUAAAGUGCUUAGUAUAUAUAAUACCAAAGUCCAGCAGCUGGACCCAGGAUUCUGGAGAAGCAUAGCGGGAAUACAGACAGUGGAGUUGGUCAGAAUGGCACUGAGUGAAGCCUCAUUCUGUGCUGCUGCCAAUGGGACUGUUUGGAAUGUAACUACUCUGAAUCUAAUGAACAAUCUGCUAACUGUAGUCAAAACACACCAGUUUGUUUGCACCCCUUUACUCGAGCAGCUUCUUCUUAAUGGAAAUGCGAUUGCGACACUAGAACCGGAAGCGUUCAGUGGUCUGCGUCAUCUUAAGAUUCUCAAACUUAACUUGAACAGGAUCAAAAUACUUGCUGCCAAUGACUUUCAGUCUCUCUGUUCUCUAGAAGUUCUCCUUCUGGAUGAAAAUGUGAUUGAGAGAAUUGAGAAUGGGGUAUUUAGAAACCAGAAGGAGCUGCGUGAAAUUACAUUCGGAAGGUUGGAGUACGUCUAUGUAUUAUAUCUGAACUUGUUGUUUUAUGGGCUUCCGGAGAACCUGGAGCGUCUCAGUAUUGAUGCAUAUGUUGGGACUAAUCUCUUUUUGGGAAAUGCUGGAAGACCCAAUAAAAGCCUCAUAUUUGAAUUAAAAGGAGACCAGCUCACCCUUGGAGACAACUAUUCUCCCUUUUUGGAAUCUGUCCGAGAGUUUAAGCUGAGUGGAAUCACCUUUUAUUUUAAGUAUGACUUUUUUGUUCCUUAUUUUUCACAUCUUGAAUCCUUAGAGUUGACAGCUAAUCCUGAGCAGACAGUCCAGAAUUACACAGAAAUCAGCAAAUUGCGUUAUCUCAAACGCCUCAAACUCAUCAACCUUAAUUUCUUAAACCUCCCUGAUCCCAGUAUAACCUUCUGGAAUCUGGACCGGCUACAGAUCCUUGUACUCUAUAACUGCCGCCUGAAUAUUCUGACGAAGGCGAUGUUCAGAGAUCUGCACUCACUGGAGCUGUUGCAUCUUUACAGUGAAAAGCCUUUAAUCUUACAGGAUGGGAUGUUUGAUGCCAUGCCAGUUCUGAAAGCUGUUGUGAUUGAAAGAGUGGUCUUUCGAUGUGACUGUCAGGCUGACUGGUUCCUAGAAUGGGCGCAGAACACACGAGCAAAGGUGAUCAAUCUGCCGGAGCAGCAAUGUGUCUGGCGUUACCAGAAACUGAAUUUAUUGUCCACUAUGGAAAAGUUAUGUCAGACAGAUAGGCAGUACUUGUGCUAUUUGGGCACUGUCAACCUCAUCAGUCUACUGCUUGUAAGUGCUCUUAGCUAUCGCUUUGCUUACUGGCCUUGCAUGGUCCUCAUCUUCCGACUUCGAGGAUAUACGGAAAGGAAGUUUGGCAAAGCUUGGAGGAGGAGAAGGCAAAGGCACAGAGGGGAUGAACUAGAAGUUGAAGAAGACAUGAAAUAUGAUGCAUUUGUGUCAUUCAGUCACCGUGAUGAAGCUUGGGUCUUUGAGGAGUUGGCCCCACGGCUGGAGGAACAAGGCCAACCCAGGCUGCGACUCUGCUUACACAACAGAGACUUUGAGGUGGGAAAGGGGAUAGUUGAUAACAUAGCAGAGAGCAUCUACAGCAGCAGGCGUACGAUGUGUGUGCUAAGUCGUCAGUAUCUGCGAAGCGACUGGUGCAGUCUGGAGAUGCGAAUGGCGACAUAUCGACUGCUUGAAGAACAGAAGCAUCGUCUCAUUCUCAUCUUUCUUGAGCACAUCUCCCCAUUUGAGCUCAGCACUUUUCACCGCUUGGCUAAGCUGGUCAAAUCACACACCUAUCUGGACUGGCCACAGGACGAGGCAGAGAGGACACACUUCUGGGAACGUCUGAGAAGAAACAUUGCUGAGGGGGAGAUGGAUGCUCAGUAAAAACUACAUAUACCACCACAGAGGACUAUGUGAAGACAAGAUUAAUCCAUUUAAACGUCUUGCUCAGUUGUUCAUUUAAAAAGCAUGUUUACUCUCUUACGCUUCAUUCCCAGGCUGGGAAUCACUCCAGCCACUGAGGGGUUAACUCUCAGAGCCGGUCCCAAGCCUAAAAUGGCAGGAAGGUCAUCUGGUGUAAAUCCUGUGGCAAAAUCAAAUAUGUGGCUAGGAUGAUCUGUUGUAGUGACCCCAAAUAGGGAGCAGCAACACUGAUUAUUCAUCAUUACGCAGAUAUAAUAUAUUCAUUAACUACGAACAAAAAUGGGGAUUAAUAAGUAUUUUAAAUAGGUUUGAGUGUAUUUCUAAAAAUUCUAAUGCUAAACAAAUACAAACAUUUGAGCUAGCUUUGGUAAAAGUAAAUGACCAAAUAAAUCCCCUGGGCAAAAAUAGCAGCAACAUUUACAGUUCAAAAAUUCAUGUAAAACACUCUCCACAUAAAGCAGAAAAGCAAAUAUAUUAAUUCAACUGAAUUCAGUUUUCCAUUUGCAUGAUUAUUUGACUCACCAGUCAAGGUUUGAUCUUAUAUUCAUAGGUUAGUUUUGUAGAUAAUCACCAGAAGAAAAGUUGUUGACAACAAAUAAACUGAGGAAAGUUAAUGAAGAAUUAGCAGUGACCUGUACAGAACUGAUACAGAACUGGCAUUUAAUAAAAACUGCCUGCUUCUCCACUAUUGUAGUCUUUAACAAUUUAAUGUUUCUUUCAUCUGUGUGUUAUUUUGUGUUAUAUCUAUUAAUUUUAUUUAAAAAAAAAUGUUUUAGUUUAGUUUUUUUGCUGAGCUGGGAAUAUUCGUAUGCAUUUCGAAUAAUGAGAGUAUUAAAAUUUGUCAUUUGAUAGAAACUUUCUCUGUUCUUAAUGACUUCAUUAAUCAUUCGUGCUACAAAUGUGUGACACAAAAUGAUGUGAAUAUGACCCUGGUGGUUUUUUCGAAGUACUUAUUCAAAUCUAAAGAAAUGUUUUCAGUUCUGCAUUUUGUGGCUAACUAAAUUACUAUCUCUGGCUUCAAAAUAGAUAGAUCAGUUUCUCUCAUUUCCUCUUUAGUUCAAGUUAUUGUUGCUAAAGGUGGUUCUACAAGUUACUGAAUAUGAGGGUGGACCUACUGGGGCACAAGCCCCAAGAAUUUUACAAAAAUACUUCAAACCCCCACAUCCUGCUCAUUAAGACAGCAAUAAACAUUAGCCUGGUAGCUUUUGUACCUAUCCUCAGUCCUCAGCUACAAUGUUGUAUUAUAAAUUAUCGUCUGACGUCUGAUGGAUGAAGAGCACAAGAGAGAGGGAUGAAGUGUAUGAAGAGGUUGCGCAGGAUAUUUUGUCUUCAGCUGAUGUUACAAUUCACCUUCCUGUUUUAAACAAUUCAAAUGAUGUAAUCGAUGACCUUCAUUGAAUCGGAAAGCCUAUUCAGCCUUCAGACGCUCAUCAAUUUACUGGGGCACAGCAAACUUUUAAGUCUGGUAAUGCCCCUGGUGUGUACUUUUUUUGUAUUUUUUCUUCACUCUUACUGUUUCUCAGAUUAUUCUUAAAAUAUGUAUAUUCUUGUGUUAAUGAACUUGUAGUAUCAGUAAGAAU